AUGUACGUCUAUGAUACGGAAAAUGAAAUCUCUAAUAGGCUACAUUCUUUUUGUAAUGAUGGUGAAUCUUCUUUGUCUGCUGAGAUAGUAGGUGUCAUCCUAAAUGUCUUAGAAUCUUGCAAUAAACUGGUCAAGCUUUUCCGUAAUGCACGAGAUCUUUGUUCUUCUCAUCAUAUGCAGUCCUUCUGUGCUUCCCUUUUUGGCACUCAGUAUGAACGUUCUUAUGAAAAGUCGUCUUCUGGUUGUAUUGGUGCGAUUGUGACUGAUGCAGAUCAUAUGUCUGGAAAGUUUGACAUCAUCAUUCGUGAAAGAGAUGGUACACCAAAGCGCAUAAGUAAACUGCACCCACUUUAUAUGGCUUUGCAGUAUCCUCUGCUUAUACCAUUUGGCGAUGCGGGUUGGUCUCCUGACUUAUCACUUCGCACCCGAGAUGGUUCGCGCCGAAAGAUGACUAUUAAUAAGUAUUAUAGCUAUAUACUUCAUGACCACCAUAAUCUAUACACAUUACUUCUACGCGGUGGCCGAUUGUUUCAACAAUAUAUCGUCGACGCUUAUGUGUGUAUAGAAGAAUGUCGGUUAGAUUAUGUAAGAAAAAAUCAAAAUGUCUUCCGCUCUGAGUUCUUACAAGGAAUACACGAUGCUAUUGAACGUGGUGACACUGAAGGUCAUGAUGUUGGUAAACGGACAUUCCUGCCAUCGUCGUUUGUUGGUGGGCCAAGGUACAUGUAUAAGCAUUAUCAAUACGCUUUGGCUAUUUGUAGAGUACAUGGCAAUCCACAAUACUUCAUCACCUUCACCUGUAAUGUAAAAUGGCCAGAAAUACAGAGAUAUCUUUCACGAUAUCCUAUUUUGAAGGCUCAGGAUCGCCCAGACAUAAUUGCUAGGGUUUUCCAGCUUAAAGUAAAGUCCUUGAUUAAGUUUCUAAGAAGCUCACGUAUGUUUGGGGAUGUUGUUGCGGAUCUCUACACUAUUGAGUUUCAGAAAAGAGGUUUACCACAUUGUCAUUUACUAUUAUGGGUGGCGACAGCUGAUAGGAUUCGAGAAGCCUAUCAGAUUGACGACUUUAUUUCUGCAGAGAUUCCAAAUCCGUUAACUCAGUCUCAGUUGUUUGCGGUCGUUACCGAUCUUAUGAUACAUGGACCAUGUGGCAUUGUAAAUCCUAACUCGCCAAGCAUGGAAUCCGGAUCGUGCUCAAAGAAGUUCCCGAAAGAUUAUCACGAACAUACGACGUUUGAUGAUAAGGGUAAUGCACGUUAUAGGAGACGUUCAGUUGGAUUUAGUGUUAACAAGAGUGGUGUCGAAUUGGACAAUCGUUAUGUUGUGCCUUACAAUCCAGUUUUAUGUACUCAAUUUACGGCACACAUUAAUGUAGAGUAUUGUGGUUGGAGUCUGCUUAUUAAGUACCUAUUUAAGUAUAUAUCCAAAGGUGCUGAUCGUAUACACUACAAGAUAACACGUGCUCCUACAGAAACACAAUCUGCGCAACAAUGCGACUCUAAUCAGCAAAAUGAAAUACAAAACUUCUUAGAUGGGAGGUUUAUAUGUCCACAUGAGGCUGCUUAG